CCAGUAGUUUGGAGACAGCAAGAAAAGAACAGAAGUGGGGCCUCAUCCUUCGAUUUUCAACACAAGAGAAAAAGAGGAAUUGUUCUUCAGCAAGUUGUGAAAAUAAAUCCAUAAUAUUUUAUGUUUAGGAGUUUGGACACCCAGGUACACCAUCCAGCCUCUCCUCAGUGUGUUUUGCAAACAUUGCGAGAGAACCCUCUGUGUGGGGGCAAUUGAAUUGUCUUCUGCCUUGCCUGGUGUAAGCUGUGAGGUGCCCGAGUCUCAUUUGGCUUGAAAUUGUUUGCUUUUGUUUUCCAUCCUCACCAGCAGAAGCCAUGGAUCACACACUGAAGUGGGGGACACUCCCACCCAAGCGCCCAUACCUCAAGCCCUUUCAGUUCUUGGUGCUGGCCGGUCUUUUUUACUUCUGUUCAGGCGUCAUCCAGGUGACCAAAACAGUGAAAGAAGCAGCAAUGCUAUCCUGUGAUUACAACAUAUCCACUGAAGAACUGAAGAGAGUUCGCAUCUACUGGCAAAAGGAUAAUGAAAUGGUGCUGGCUGUCAUGUCUGGAAAAGUGAAGGUGUGGCCCAAGUACGAGAACCGCACCAUCACUGAUGUCACCAAUAACCUCUGCAUUGUGAUCCUGGCUCUGCGCCUGUCGGACAAUGGCACCUACACCUGUGUUAUUCAGAAGGCUGAGAAAGGGUCUUACAAACUGGAGCACCUGACUUCGGUGAAGUUAAUGGUCAGAGCUGACUUCCCUGUCCCUAGUAUAACUGAUCUUGGAAAUCCAUCUCCUAACAUCAGAAGGAUAAUUUGCUCAACCUCUGGAGGUUUUCCAAAGCCUCACCUUUCCUGGUUGGAAAAUGGAGAAGAAUUAAAUGCUACCAAUACAACACUUUCCCAGGAUCCUGAAACUGAGCUCUACACGAUUAGCAGUGAACUGGAUUUCAAUAUGACAAGCAACCACAGCUUCGCGUGUCUUGUCAAGUAUGGAGGCUUAACAGUGUCACAGACCUUCAACUGGCAAAAAUCAGCCAAACCAGCCCCUUCUGCUAAUCAGCUCCUGCUCUGGGCCAUUAUUAUCCCAGUCUCAGCAUGUGGGAUUUCUGUGAUCAUUGCAGUAACAUUAACAUGCCUGUCCUGCAGACAUGCUGCAAGGUGGAGACAGAGAAGGAGGAAUAAGGAGAGCAUGGAAAUGGAAAUGAUCCCCAUCUACAUAGGAUCUGUGGAAGGAUUGGGCUGACCAGAACACCUCGAGGUAUCUUCUCUACCAGUGUGGGAUAUGUGAGGUCUUGUGCUCGUGAACACAGG